AUGACCAUAGAGGAGCUUUUUGAUCAGCUUUAUGGAAAAGACAGCCCAGUGUACGCCAACUGGAAUGACCACGUCAAGCGUUCAAUGGGGAAGGCUCACACCCUGACUCUUCUGGACGCAGCUGCAAUCACUCCUCAGUCAUAUUGGUCUGAGGAUAUUAGAGCUACAGUGGAAGCAUUCACUGCACUUCUUGAAGCCUUCCACAAUGUCAAGGGAAUUGUCUGGACUGACUACCCAUACGACGACGCUCUUGAUGGCCGCCUCGGUCGAUGCAACGACUACGCCUUCAUCCAGCGACUUAUAUUCAACGAGUGUCGUCUUUACGGAAAGUCGCUAGAUGAAUACGAAGCCAGCAUGCGUCAAAUACGGGAGAAAUUUGGUAUACCAGUGGAAUUCGAUCUCAACGAAGAACUGCAACGGAUUAAGAUGGCCUAUGACCAGCAACACUACGAAAUCGAAGAAAGGUUAUCGGAAGCGUCAGAAAUGGAACGGGUAGGCCCGAUGAUUCCUGUCACCGAUGUGUCCACAGAGAUAGACAACCCGGAAGAGUUGUUUCCCGAACCGGAGUAUCGGCCCAAGGAUGAGGAACGUUUUCGUAACUACGAGCAACAGCUUGACGACUUUGAGGACCAGAUGUACUGGCUCUCUUGGAUACAGAAGUCGGCGGAUUGGUUUGGGGGUGAUCAGCUGCCACCGAUCACCUCAGCAUACCAUGAUGGCUACAUAUAUAUCGACGUCUUACGAGACUUGCGCAAGUUCGGGUACAGGCACAAGAACCCCAAAGACGUACUUGCCAUGACAUCCGCGGAACUUCGGAAGCUAGAACAACAGCACUUUCCAAGUCCAGCAGAUAUCUCUCGUCUCACCGGCAUGAGCGAUGAAGAGACUGAACAACAAGCCGAUGCCGCGCGGCGGUGGCUACUGGGUAUGCUCGACUGCCAUGACAGAACAAUGACCCGGGAACACGAGAUCAGAAUGUUUAGAUUCGCUGUGGAGAAGCAGAUGGAAGAACGAGAAAAGGACUGGACAGAUCUGGAACGACUGUACAUGACACUCGCAAACAGCAAUCUCGCAUCGCCACAGGAGCGAUUGCAGGCAGCGUUCGUGACCGUCCUUCACUUUGACUACCCGCAACGCCGGCGAGAUGUUGAUGAGGUCGCCCAAAAGCUUGACGAGCGUCUGAAGCGGGCUUCCGACAUGGACGCUGUGUUAGAUGAGACACGCGAUAUCAUAGUCGCCAGAACUGAAUUGACCAAUGUCGACCAUUUCGCGUGCGCCAUUCCACUGUCACUACUCACUGUCACAGCAGACAACGCUUCUGUCGUCGAUGACAACGCCGGCUGCUGCCCGAUCUGCCAACUCUCAUACACCUCAUUCCAAGAUUCCUCUAUCCUACAACUACUAGGUGACUAUCCAGUGCGUAUCAAGCAGUGCGGUCAUAUCAUUGGAAAGUCAUGUCUAGAGCAGUGGAUGAGAACACCGAAGAUCGAUGAAGCGAAAUACCCACAUCGCACAUGUCCGUGCUGCCGUGUCAAGAUCGAAGGUGUGAAGUCGCCCUCAGUACCUCGCGGGCUACACGAUCAUUUGAAGACCGAUCGACGAGCCAUGGAGACAGUAAGAGAGUUGCUCUACGGGUAUGAUAUGGACCUGGAGGAGUGUCUGAGCGCCAUCAGCGCGUGCGUGAGCGAAGAGAUCGCCUGCGAGGAGUUGGCGGCUGAGCUUGGGCGGAAUGACGGAGAGCAAGACGACCAGAUACUGAAGGACAAACUUGCAAAUCUGGAGAAGGAGAAACGGGCUUGGGGAUUUAGGGGGAAUGGAAUUUGGAAAAGGCUGCGAGACGAAUGGAUGAACAGCGGUGUCACCCGGAAGGCUUGA